GAGCGUCUCACGACGUCGCGACUAGUGUGCAGUGUAUUUAAUUGACGUCGAAACAAGUAAGUCCAGCACUCUGCCAUAGGAUGUAAGUAAUGUACUUAUCACACGACGAAAUUACUUUAGUUUUCAGUCGGUUGCAGAUAACCAUCGGAUGAUUAUGGCCGGCAAAGCCGUGAAAACGCUGUACAUUUUGGGCUGUUUGCCUUUUAUUUUAAUCGUUGCCAUCAGGGUGUGCGAUAAAUUGGAGGAUUAUAAUUUGUUGAAUUUCAGCGGGAAAAAUUGCCAUGAAAGCCCAGUUAGUAAUAAAAAUAUCAGUGAAAUAAUAAGAAGUUGGCCCGAUUUCACAGCAGAAGAACAUUACAUUAUUACCGAAGAUGGAUAUAAAUUACUGGUCGAAAGAUCGUAUGCGAAUAUUACCCAAAAAACCCCUUUGCUUAUCGUACAUGGCAUGGGCAUGAAUGCUAUGGGGUGGGUAUAUAGGCACAAUGCCUCAUUAGCUUACUCGUUGGGUAAAUUAGGAUAUGAUGUGUGGAUGUUAAGUUACAGAGGGUCAUGGUAUAGCAAGGGGCACGUUAAUUUAAAUACAAAUGACAAAAAAUAUUGGAAUUUUAAUUUAAACGAGCUAGGAAUAUAUGACGUUAGAUCUACCAUAAAAUUGGUAAAAGAAAAAACCCAAAGAAAGCCUAUUUACAUCGGCUAUUCCAUGGGCACCACCGGAUUUUUCAUCUACUCUUCUUCCUUCCCAGAAGAAGCUAAAAAUAGCGUAAAAGCCAUGAUAGGCGUAUCUUCCGCGACUAAUUUCAAAGAAACCACAUCCCUCACCACUUACACUUCAUUUUGGUGGCCUAUGUUCAGAAAAAUUAUUUACAAUUUAUGGAGUGGUGAAGUGUUACCAGGUUAUUCAGUACUUUUGAAACCUCUUUUAAGGUUUACUGGAGGAAUUUACACUGCACAAUACUUUUUUAAUUUGGUAUUUGGCGAUAAUUACGAACAAAUCGAUGCAUCCAUAUUUCCUCUAGUCAGUACCCACUUAUUGGACAUAAUCGCAGUCGAUACAUACUCUCAUUACGUGCAAGUCUACGAUACGGGGCUAUUCAGGAAAUUCGAUUACGGUAACGAGACGAAUUUGAAAGUGUACGGCUCGACGGAACCACCAGCGUACGAUUUAUCGAAAAACCAAGUACCUGUAGCUAUGAUAUCUGGGAAAAACGAUUGGUUAAUUACGCUAGCUAGUACUAACCACACGUACUCGCAAUUGCAUCCCUCUGUGAGAUGCGGUUACCACGUGGUGCCCUUCGAAAAAUGGAACCACAUUGAUUUUCUGAUGGCCAAAGACGUGAAAAAGUAUUUCUACAAGUAUUUGUUUUAUAAAAUUAAGGAGCUCGAUAAAGGUUUCUGUAACCCGACGUGAAGAUAUGUAUUGAUAUUAUUAGAUUAAGUAAUAAAUUAGGUUGUAAUUU